CGGUCGGGCCUCCAACAUGGCCGCCCCCAGGGCUGCGGGCCGGGGAGGCGCCGCGCUCUCACUUUCCUGACACUGCCUGGCUUGAGGCUUCUCUCGGACUCUCUCGGUCUAAUCCAGGCAGACAUGUUCACCAAGGCCUUCCGGGUCAAGUCCAACACGGCCAUCAAGGGGUCGGACAGGAGAAAGCUUCGAGCGGAUGUGACAGCUGCUUUUCCGGCCCUGGGAACAGACCAGGUCUCUGAGUUAAUUCCUGGGAAGGAGGAACUCAAUAUUGUAAAGUUGUAUGCUCACAAAGGAGAGGCAGUGACGAUGUACGUGAGUGGUGGUAAUCCCAUCCUCUUUGAACUGGAGAAAAAUCUGUAUCCAACAGUGUACACACUGUGGUCCCAUCCUGAUCUUCUGCCCACCUUUACAACAUGGCCGCUAGUCUUCGAAAAACUGGUGGGAGGAGCAGAUUUGAUGCUGCCAGGACUAGUGGUGCCCCCUGCUGGUCUGCCUCAGGUACAGAAGGGCGACCUCUGUGCCAUAACCUUGGUGGGGAACAGAGCCCCCGUGGCAAUUGGAGUGGCUGCCAUGUCCACGGCUGAGAUGCUGAUGUCAGGCUUGAAGGGGAGGGGCUUCUCUGUGCUCCACACUUUCCAGGACCACUUGUGGCGGUCUGGAGACAAGUCCUCCCCACCUUCCAUUGUUCCAUUGGUACCGGAUCCUGCAGAUCUCAAGGAAGAGAAGGUGGACCCCACCCUGCAGGGAGAGCUGAGGGCCCUGGCCCUGGAAGGAGAGAAGGAGAAGGAAGAGGAGGAUGGGGAGGUUCAGCAGGCAGGUGAGGAGAAGUCCCCACCAGAAGUCUCCGAAGAUUCCAGCAGCACUGGGCCCCUGAGCCAAGACUACACAGACAGCAAAUCCCUUCAAGAGCAAAUGGAUGAACUGUUAGAGCAGUGCUUCUUGCAGGCUCUGAAGUGCCGGGUCAGGAAGGCUGACCUCCCUUUACUUAGCAGCACGCUCCUGGGCAGCCACAUGUUCUCCUGCUGCCCUGAAGGACGACAACUGGACAUAAAGAAGUCAAGCUACAAAAAGCUCUCUAAGUUCCUGCAGCACAUGCAGCAGGAGCAGAUUGUCCAGGUGAAGGAACUGAGCAAGGGGGUCGAGAGCAUCGUGGCUGUGGACUGGAAGCACCCCAGGAUCUCAUCUUUGGUGGUGCCUGAGCCCUCCUCGAGCUCCCUGGCUGUGCCGGAGGGUGGCACGGAACAGCCCUAUCACCCUCCAGAUAUAAAAUCCCUCUACUGUGUCCCAGCCAGCAUGGCCCUGCUCUUCCAGGCGUCUGGCCACAAGAAGGGGAGUGCUCUGGAGGGUGGUGAGGUCCGAGCCAUCAUCAUUGACUACGCCAAGAAAAAUGACCUGGUUGAUGCAAACAACAAAAAUCUGGUGAAAUUGGAUCCCAUCCUUUCUGACUGCAUUUUAGAGAAAAAUGAACAGCACACAGUUAUGAUGCUUCCAUGGGACAGUCUUCUAAGCAGAUGUUUGGAAAAACUGCAGCCUGCCUAUCAAGUGACCUUUCCUGGGCAAGAGCCUGUGGUGAAGAAAGGGAAAAUCUGUCCCAUUGACAUCACUCUGGCUCAGAGAGCUUAUAAUAAAAAGGUGACUGUGGUCCGGAAUUUGGAGGCGUAUGGUCUGGAUCCAUGCUCAGUGGCUGCCAUCCUCCAGCAGCGAUGCCAGGCCAGCACCACGGUCACUCCUGCCCCCGGGGCCAAGGACAGCCUGCAGGUGCAGAUCCAGGGGAACCAGGUGCACCACCUGGGCCGGCUGUUGCUGGAAGAGUAUCGGCUCCCUCGAAAACACAUCCAAGGCCUAGAAAAAGCUCCCAAACCUGGCAAGAAGAAGUGAGAGGCCCUUGUUUCCUGUGAUGGGCCCAGCUGGUAAUUUAUAUGGGCAUUGUCAGCUUUUACAAAUAAAAACUUUAAUUCUUUA